GAUUACAGACAACCAUUAAGGUAUUAUUGCAUUAACCAUUUUCUGGUGAAACAACUCACAAUUUCUCGAAGGUUCUAUCUCGAUUUUUCUGUUUAAUUUUGAUUAAAAAUGGCUUCUAAACGCAUAGUUCAAUCAUCUGUGAACUGGGCCGCGAUUGCUGAACGAGUACCGGAAGCGGACAAAGCGUCCUAUUUGGCGUUUAAAGCUAAGUCCGAUGGAUAUCUUCGCAAAAUGUUGGCCUCACCAGCCGAACCAUUGAAAAUCGAUUGGGCGGCAUAUAAAAAUAAAGUGGCUGUACCUGGGUUAGUCGACAACUUUGAGAAAUUAUAUAGUGCUAUUAAAAUUCCAUAUCCAGAAGAUAAGUAUAGUGCUGCUAUCGAUAAACAUGAAAAAGAAAUUGCCAAAGGUGUUGAAGAAUUCAAAGCAGAAUCAGAAGUGAUAAUUCAACAAGCUGAAAAAAGGAUUGCAGAAAUCAACAGUUUAUUGCCAUUCAGCCAAAUGACAUAUGAAGAUGCUGCUUAUAUUCAACCUCAAUUAACAUUGGACUUGGAGAACAAACCAUCAUUCUGGCCUCAUGAAGAGAUUGAUUAUGUGUUUGAUGAACCAGAAGCAGAAACUCCACAAAUUGAAGAACAGAAAAAAAUUGAUGCAGCUCAUUAAAUAAAUAAAAUGGUUCUUAGUUUCAGUUCUAUUUUAUAUUAUGGUUUUUCCAUAAACAUUUAGAAAUAUAUUUAUAUACCUACAUAAAUUGAUGGUUAAAAUUUUAGAUUUUUUUUUCAUGUUUUAUUUAGAAUUCUGUUACACAUACAUUUUGUAAGAUCAUAAAAAGUAUAAUAAUAUUGCUUAAAACCGUGUUGAAUAAAUUAUGAAAGAAAACAUAA